GACAUUUCCAAUUUCCAGCAACCAGUCCGAUCGAAGGGAGACCAGUGUCUGUGUUUUGUUAUGGUGUGUCUAGUUUGAAAUGUGAACUUUCUGCAUUUUGGGGCUGAAUUCUUGUAGCUUUUUCCACCUCACCAUGAGCGAAAUACCAUGUCUAACGUACAUGGCACUCUACAUUCUUUCGUUUCACAUUCUGCAAAGCAAUUCGCGAACGAGUACACUGUGGAAACUGAAUGCAGAGGAGGGCAAAAUCAUCGAAGCUAGUCACUUUCCAAAACUGGUGACUCUGUCUGCACAACCGGAGGAAGUCGAGGAAGAUCCUAUCUUCAACAUAAUCACGUCCACGGUCAUACAUUAUGGCAAAACGUGGACUAAACGCAGUGCAGAUAGUAGUGACAAUCUCUACUGCACUGACUGUGAGAACCUCAAUGCAACUUCACGUGAGCUGCAAAGCACGUCCAAAAACAUGACCGCUAAGGCGCACAACACAACGACAACAAAAGCGGACAAGAAAUCGGCCAAGUCGUCACAACCGUCACCACCCGACAACGAGCAAUUGGAUUGUGGCAAAACGGUGAACUUCACCUAUUACGACAGUCUGGUGGGCAUCGCUAACAGGAUGUCGCAUCCCAACGUCCCUGAGCCGACGGUGGCGUUAAUUUUCAAAAAAAGGGGAGCUGAGUUUGACGUGGAAGCGCUCGAGAGAAGGUUGAUGAAGGCGAAACGAGAGAAACCGAAGUCUGUUCAACUUUACAAUCAGAUCGGCAACUUUUUUCGGAUUAAGGGUGACACCUAUCGGUCGAUCGAAUGUUUCAGGCGGGCUUUGGCUGUAUCGCCGCAUAAUGCUGAGGUCCUGCUGAACCUGGCCCGGGUGUUGUUCAACCUGCAGUAUUUGGAUGACGCCAUCUAUCUGACUCGGCGCUCCCUAGAGGUUCAGCCACCCGACAAGUCGGCCUGGAUGCAGUACUAUACUCUCGGAGAAAUAUUCAAAGCAUACGGUCACUACCAGGAGGCAGCCCUGCAUCUGCGACACUGUCUGGAACUGAGACCCGAGUUCGAGCCAGCUCUAGCUUUGCUGCGGGAUAUGGAAACACUGCCAGACAACACCAUACACAUCUACACGCUUCUCAUCAUCAUAUGCCUGGUUCUUGGUGUUCUCCUGGUAAUAGUGUCAUCAGUUGAUGCCAACCUGGAGACCGACUUUGCCCACGACCAGAAGUCUGGCAACGGCACAUCGACGGCCACAUCAUCACACCGGCACCACUUCAACCGUGCCAUGGCGAUGCGCUCACUCAAAAUGGGCGGCGGGUCACUGCGGUCGUCUGGAAAUGGCGCCAAACGUGGGACCAGUUGCGGUUGAAGUUGCGUCUCCGUUUUUAUCUGCGGUUCUCCGCUUUUUCUCAAAUUCAUUCUCCCAGAUAGAUAACAUAAAGCAUACCAACCACUUUUUUAAAACUAAUAGUUCCCAAUUAGGAGCUUACCAUACCGCCCAGUUUUUCUGAAAGUGAUUCUCCAGGUAGAGGUAAUACAUACAGUUGAAUUUUUCAGAAAUUAAUUACCCCAGAUAGAGGUAAAACGAUUUGAAGUUCUAUUAUGCAAUUUCUAAGUUACUUAUGAAUUUAGGAGAACCGAUCAUUACAAAAUACUUUUUUAAAGCGAAUG